CGCAGCUUAAAGAAACUUGUUGCGGGUGCCUCCGCGGGGACUGAGCUUCGGCGGCAGAGGCGACGGCUGGAGGAUCUGGGUGGCUGCGGCGGCGUGGACGCAGGUCGGGCUGCCUCGGUGACCUCGGGUCCCAGAGCGGCCGCAGCGUAGCCGGGCAUCGGACCCGGUGCGCAUCCCCGGUGCGCGUCCCUCCGCGUGCGGGCCAGAUGCUGGACAUGAGCGAGUCCCGCGCCCAGCCGCCCUGCAGCCCGUCUGGCACCGCCAGCUCCAUGUCGCACGUGGAGGACUCGGACUCGGACGCGCCGCCGUCGCCUUCGGGUUCCGAGGGCCUGGGUCGCACGGCGGGCACGGGGGGUAGUGGCCGGGGCGACUCGGCCGAGGCGGCGGACGAACGCUUCCCAGCCUGCAUUCGCGACGCCGUGUCGCAGGUGCUCAAGGGCUACGACUGGAGCCUAGUGCCCAUGCCUGUGCGCGGCGGCGGCGGAGGCGCGCUCAAGGCCAAGCCACACGUGAAGCGGCCCAUGAAUGCCUUCAUGGUGUGGGCGCAAGCGGCACGCCGUAAGCUGGCCGACCAGUACCCGCACCUGCACAACGCCGAGCUCAGCAAGACGCUGGGCAAGCUGUGGCGCCUGCUGAGUGAGAGUGAGAAGCGCCCUUUCGUGGAGGAGGCAGAGCGGCUGCGGGUUCAGCACAAGAAGGACCACCCCGAUUACAAGUACCAGCCGCGCCGGAGGAAGAGCGUCAAGACAGGCCAGAGUGACUCGGACUCAGGCGCCGAACUGGGCCACCACCCCAGCGGUGCUGUGUACAAGACUGACUCGGGCCUUGGCGACGCACACCACCAUGGGGACCAUACAGGGCAGACCCACGGGCCACCCACCCCACCUACCACCCCCAAGACGGACCUGCACCAAGGGGGCAAGCAAGAGCUGAAGCUGGAAGGCCGCCGCCUGGUGGACAGUGGGCGCCAGAACAUCGACUUCAGUAAUGUGGACAUCUCAGAGCUGAGCAGUGAGGUCAUUGGCAACAUGGACACCUUCGACGUCCACGAGUUUGACCAGUACCUGCCCCUCAACGGCCACUCGGCCCUGCCCACAGAGCCGGGCCAGCCUUCCACCUCUGGCUCUUUCGGGGGUGCCUCCUACUCACACUCCGGGUCCACGGGCAUUGGAGCAUCCCCCGUGUGGGCCCACAAGGGAGCCCCAUCGGCCUCCGCAUCACCCACCGAAGCAGGUCCCCCUCGGCCCCACAUCAAGACGGAGCAGCUGAGCCCUGGCCACUACGGCGACCAGUCCCACAGCUCUCCAGGCCGCACCGACUACAGCUCCUACAGCGCCCAGGCCAAUGUCACCACGGCCGCCUCGGCUGCAGCCGCCAGCUCCUUCACCAGCUCACAGUGUGACUACACCGACCUGCAGGCCCCCAACUACUACAACCCAUACGCCGGCUACCCGUCCAGCCUCUACCAGUAUCCCUACUUCCACGCAUCCCGCCGGCCCUAUACCUCACCGCUGCUCAGCAGCCUCUCUGUGCCACCUGCCCACAGCCCCCCCAGUAACUGGGACCAGCCCGUGUAUACCACCCUGACCAGACCCUGAAGGCACCAUGGUUGAGUGGAGGGGGCCGGUGUGGGCAGAGGAGAACCUUUACUUCUGAAAAGACAGAGCCUCUGAGAUCCCCCCGGAGGUGUUGGCCAGUGAGGUGAGAGGACGCAGCCGUGUGUGCCCAGCUCUAUCAAGUGCCUGCUGACGUGUGCAGGAGACCAACCGAGCCCCUUUGCUUUGCGUCCAGAUCUCCGAAAUCCGUUAAUGGACAAAGCCCUCUUGCCCUCCUCCCUCUUUGUGGUGACUGGCAACUUCGAAACGAAGGUUGGCCGUUUGGUCCCUCUUCUGUGCAGACACCAGCGCCUUAUGGAGCCACGGUACAGAGGACAAAAGGAGGGAAGAGGCACUGGGUCUCCAGGCCCCCUUCGUUCUGAGGUCCUGGCCAUCUCAGCACCAAGAACUCCCAGGACCAAUGGAUGAUAAUUCCGCGGCGAAAGGGCACGCCCGCAGCCUUGGUGGGGAUGCGUUCGCAGAAGCAGUUGGGCAGGGAUGCAUCCGCAGGGGCACCGUGGCGGGGAUGUGUCUGCAGGAGCGUCUCUGGGGACCAGCUUGUUAGCUCCGACAUGUUCCUUGUAGUUAGGGCUCUUCCAGGAAGGUUUGGCUGUGAUUAACACUUCUCUCUUUUUAUUUUAUUUUUUUUUAAAUUUUUAAUUCUUGAAGCUCAAACGUGUUUGAUUUGUUUUGAAAGCUGUUAAGAUGUAUUUAUGUCCUGUAUUAUUUUAUCUUUAAUGAAUGAAGUAAUUUGUGCAGAUAGUAGAA